CCGGGACCUCUCACAUGACGUCAUCAUUAGGUUACAGGAAGUAAAGCGACACAAACAGAAGCUUGUGGCCUUCUAGUCGACUGCAUCGGAUAAACACGCAAUUAACUUAUGUGGUGAAUCAGUAAGAUUAGUUUCACUACAACUGCAACGACGAACGAGUGUGAAAAUGUUUGCAAGGACCACGGCAAAGUACGUGGAGGAAAAGGACCGUACUCGUCGACGACUGGAAGAUCUUGGGCUUCAGCCUUAUGUUGUGUUACGCAGAGCUGACAUCAGUGAAGCUAUUCAUCCUAAACAGCAGGAACCAGAGGUCACCCACCUUAAAGAGGAGGAAGAUGUGGGCAAAGAGGUCCACCACUUGAAUGAACAAAUGCAGCAGACGUUUCUUUGCACCGUAAAGAAGGAGGAAGAGCCGGAGCGGCCUUGUAUCAAAGAGGAGGUAGAAGACUCCUGUGACAUUAAAAAGGAGGAGGAGGAGGAGAUGCCAUUGACUGGUGUUCCUGUGAAGAGUUUUGAUGAGGUGAGCAAAGGGGCGGAGUCUUCAAGCUGCAGCUCAAGUCAACAAAUGACCCGAGAAGGUGAUGGAGACCGCUGCGGAGGAUCACAAGCAGCUCCACCAUCAGAUAGUGAUGACGUGUCGUCACAUGCUCCUGCUGAUGAUGAUGAGGCUCAAAAGAAACACAGGCAAUGUUCUCAGUGUGGGAGAUGUUGUGUUAAUAACAGUGUUUUGAAACAACACAUGAGAAUGCACACAGGAAAGAAAAACUUUUCAUGCUCAGUUUGUGGCCAAAGAUUUUCAGUGAAGACAAACUUAAAAAGGCACACAAAAAUCCAUACUGGUGAGAAACCUUUUUCAUGCUCAGUUUGUGACCAAAGAUUCUCUGAGAUGGCAACUUUAACAAGUCAUACAAGAAUCCACACUGGUGAGAAACCUUUUUCAUGCUCAGUUUGUGGCCAAAGAUUUAGUCAGAAAGGACAUCUAACAGUUCAUACAAGAAUCCACACUGGCGAGAAACUUUUUUCAUGCUCAGUUUGUGGCAAAAGAUUCAAUCGUAAAGGACAUCUAACAGUUCAUACAAGAACCCACACUGGUGAGAAACCUUUUUCAUGCUCAGUUUGUGGCCAAAGAUUCUCUGAGAAGAGAAAC